AUGGGCGAAGAUCAAAUCUUCGGAUGCUUCAAUAUGGCCGCGAUUUUCGCUCCUUUCGAUCAUGCUAGUCGCCAGACUUUCACUCCACAGCCGUCGCCAGACCCGGCCUUAACCGUGUUUGCCCAGCUCGGCGCCAUCCGCGUCGGAACCCAACGGGCCCUCGUCAGCCUCUUCGAUCGCACUGACCAACAUAUCCUCGCGGAAGGUACGCCCUCAAUAAAUCUCGUUGGUGGAGGUACCCAGGAUGAGCGUGACAAGCUGCUGCUGGGUUGCUGUGUGCUCCCUAAAGAAAGGGGUCUAUGUCACCAUGUCGAGGGCCAGCCAAUCUCGGCGUGCAUGCAGAGUGACGAGUCAGUUGACAAAGGCGCCUUGGUCGUUGCGGAUGUGACCCAAGAUCCACGUAUCAAACGGAGCAAGCUGCUGGACACGCUAUCGAACGUGCGAUUCUUUGCCGCUGUACCUCUCAUCAGCCCUCGGGGGCUCACAAUUGGUUGUUUCAGUGUAAUGGACAACGAUGCCAGGCCUUCCGGUCUACCAGAACACUCUCUUCAGUUCAUGAAGGAUUUAGCGGGUACCAUUAUGAGGCACCUGGUGAUGGGCUAUUUUACCCACAAAAGUCGCCAGUCUGAACGGAUGCUUGUCGGCCUGGGCAGUUUCAAUGAGGGGAAAGCCACGCUUCGCAGUUCCUGGCAAGAGGUCAAUGCGGAAAAUCUCGGAGAAUCGAAAGAAGGGCGGGUCAAUCGCCAGCAGCAGCUUGCACAAGACAAUGAGGAGGAAAAUCCAACCACUCUUGUCUCGCCGGGCCCACAAAAAACAGAGGCCUUCUUGGGACUGCAAUUGAACGAGAGCGGACUUGAGAUAGACCACAGCCAAAGUUGUGUGGUCGAGCUUGAACCGACGGGUAAAUCUAUCCGAAGCGUGCUUACUGGUGAAGGUCCUCAAGAAGACUCGCACGAAAACAGUGUUAAAGAAGUUUUCUCACGAGCAGCAAACUUGAUCCGGGAGUCCAUUGGAACUGAAGGAGUGGUCUUUCACGAUGCGCAAAGCGGUCGCUUUACAAAAACGGAUGGUCAAAUGGGCCACAGGAGAUCGGAUCCUGGCAUUAACAACGAUCCUUCAAGUAGUGAUGAAAGCACUGAUUCCGGCUCACCGAUCAAGCGUCAGUCGACGUCUACUGGCCAGGAGACAGAAGAAGAUAGUUCGCCCCUGUCCAUAUGCUUGGGUUUCUCAAGCUCGUCAAAAUCCAGCAUCAACAAUGAUACAGAGACUGGCCCGCCCUUUAUGGUGCAUGAGGCCCUGUUAAUCGCACUUCUUCGCCGAUACCCACGUGGAAAGAUAUUUACAUAUGAUGCCAACAAGUGUGUAUCUGAUGAGAGCGAUGGCAGCUCCCGAGAGACUCCUGGAGUCGAUCCCCAGAUGCGUCCCCAUUUGCGACGGUCGUUCAGCAAGAAGAGCAGAUCAACUUUCCAGAAAGACGCCCAACACCUGAUCAAAAUUCUGCCUGCAGCCCGGAGCAUUCUACUGUUGCCGAUAUGGGACUCUGACAAACGAAAGUGUUUCGCUGGAACGCUGGUCUGGACGAAUGACCCCGAAUUUGUCUUCACGUUCGAGAACGAAAUGAUGUAUCUUUCGGCCUUUGCAAACAGCAUCACGGCCGAAAUCAAUCGUCUGGAUGUGGAAAUGGCGGACAAGUCCAAGACCAGGCUGCUCAGCAGCAUCACUCACGAGCUCCGAACUCCCCUGCACGGGAUCUUGGGUACUGCGGAGAUUCUCAGCGACACGGCCAUGAACGCUUUGCAGCAUGGUAUGGUUCACACGAUUGAGUCUUGUGGCCGUACUCUCCUGGACACCAUCAACAAUUUGCUGGAUCUCGCCUUCCUUGGUGAGAACAAGAAUACUGGUGGCAGGGAUUCGGGAGAGAAGCAGCGUCACUCACCCGCCAGCUCGGAUGGCGGGCAUCGCGAGCGAAGUAAAAGUCGCGGCGAAAAAGCUGCAUCAUCGCAGAUCAAGUUGGAUGCGGUGCUUGAGGAGGUCACCGAGUCUGUCUUUGCAGGAUACAGCUUUUACAACCACCCCAAGAUGCCGCCGCCCGCUUUGACUGAUUCCUCAUCACGCUCAGCCGGUAAAACGAGCACGUCGGAUCAGGUUGGCCCGGGAGCCAGCGAGGUCACCAUUAUUUUUGACAUCCAGCCCGAGACGGAGUGGGUAUUCAACACCCACGCGGGUGCCUGGCGUCGCAUCUUGAUGAAUGUCUUUGGCAAUGCACUGAAGUACACAAAGACGGGCUAUAUUUACCUGGGACUGAAGGCAUCCGAGAAAAGCGUCUCUCAAGACAAGACAAGGCUGAAUUCAUCAUCAGAAGAGCAAGAUGUUGAGUUCGAGGUCACGCUUAGUGUUAAAGACACCGGGAAAGGCAUUGGGCCCUCGUAUCUGCAGAAGGAUCUCUUUACCCCUUUUGUACAGGAAGAUUCAUUGAUAUCUGGGAGUGGAUUGGGACUCAGCAUCGUCCAUCAAGCUGUUGGAUCCCUUGGUGGCUCGAUUGAAAUCAACUCCACUCAAGGUGUCGGUACUGAAAUAUCGAUUCGGACUCCGCUCAUGCGUUCGCUCGAUAUAUCAGACGCUUGUUCGUCGAGUUCCGAAUUCCACUCUUUGCAACAACAUACCCAAGGGAAGACGAUAGGGUUUUUGGGCUUCGGGUCAUCACUUAACUCUCCGCGAGAUAAGGCCUUGUAUGAAUCCCUGGAGCGAUUAUGUCACCACUGGUUUGGUCUUUCCGUGACGAACGUAUCCUCCUUUCAGGGCGAACACCUCCACCUGGACUUCUAUUUGGCCGUGCAAACUGAGCUGAACUGUGAAGACACAAAGGGAAGAGACCUCUUUGCCCUCGGAAAACAACUUCUUGGCGCAGACGGGAACGGCUCGCCCGUCGUCGUUAUCUGCCAGUCUCCCGAGGAAGCGCAUCACAUGUUUGUAACGACCAAGAACCGCGGCGAGGAGUCUGUUUUCGAGUUCAUCAGUCAACCUUGUGGGCCACGCAAACUGGCCCGCGCACUGAAUCUGUGUAUCAAGCGACAGCGCGAUUCUCAGUCCGGUCAGUCUGGCCCUGUCGAACAGACUCGCUGGAUAGAACUACCGGAAUCCUCUCAUCUGCCGGUUGAUCUCGAGCCUAGCAACCCGCCUGACGAAAGGAUGAAGAUCAGCAAGCGACCGACGACUGAGACAAUGGGGUCUUAUCAAAGUGCGCGUCGUCGACUGCCGGAGGAAAAAAUUCAGCAAGAUGGGCUACAGAAUGGGGCCCGUUCAUCCUUGCCUGAGAAUGGACUACAGGAAGACCUACAUCACUCUAGAUCAUCUGUUCUCCUGGUGGACGAUAAUGACUUAAAUCUUCAACUACUCUGCGCCUACACGAAAAAGAGCAAUUACGAAUAUAUGACCGCUCGCAAUGGGGCGGAAGCAGUUGAUAUCUACAAGGCAAACCCCAGUAUUUUUCGAGUUAUCAUUCUAGACAUAUCGAUGCCUAUCAUGGAUGGCUUCGAGGCCGUACGCCAAAUACGCUCCUUCGAGACAGACUAUCGAGUCUCCUUGUCAGGUUCCAACCGAGAGAUUCCACCUCCCGUAACCAUCGCCGCUUUGACAGGACUUGGUGGGGCUGCUGCCAAGGAAGAGGCAGCUGCUUCUGGUAUCGACGAGUUUCUUAUCAAGCCGGUGAAGCGAGCAGAUGUCCAGGCAAUCCUACAAAAAAUGGACCCUCGGUGCACUGAUUAA